UCAACAACAGGAUUUCGAUCCACACAUUAUGUGAUGAUAUUAAGUCUAAACGAUUUUAAAUCACAUCUGCUUUGUUUGUAAAGAUUGCCCUUUCUGCUCUGCCAGCACACAUGUUUCUAACAAAUGUUGUGCAGUGGUUAGACUCCAAACAUAAGCUUCCGAGACAGGUUGGAAAAAAAGGAGUGAGAAUAAGCUGUAUGGAAGAAAAGGCCACAGCUGAGUGAGGAAUGUUUCAGUAGCCGGGUAAAAGUCUUCAGGUUGCCCCGUUUAAACGUCUACAGAGAUAAUAUCGACAAAUCGACCGUUCAAAGGCUCUUUUUACUCAAAUUGGUCGGGGAAGAGAGGCUAAAGGCAGGCAGACAAAUGCAUAUCAUCUUCUUGUUACUCUCAGUGUGUGGGUCGACUCGGGCCUUCACGCUGGACUUGGACUAUGGAGGUGUACCACUCUGGAUCAACCGUUUUUUGGGAGAGCCAAGUGUGUUGACUUUGAAAGAUCGUAUGGAUCCCGGCUGGUUUCGUGCUGUGAACACACAAAGUUGUCCCUUGGAAUGUGAUUGUCCUAUCCAGUGGCCAACAGCCGUUUAUUGUGACCACAGGGGCCUUAUCCAGCUUCCCUCUGUCCUUCCGUCCCACACACAAUACCUGUUUCUCCAAGGGAAUAGCAUUAUUAUCCUUGGAUCCAGAGCAUUCGCCAAUGCCACCAACUUACGCUGGUUGAUCUUGGAUCACAGUCAGAUACUGAGUGAGCAACUGGAUGAUGUGUUGUUCUUCAAUCUGACCCACUUGGUAUAUCUUUUCAUAAAUAAUAAUAGCCUGACAAGGGUGCCAGUUGGACUGCCUAGAGGACUUAAGCAGCUGCGACUCGCAUAUAAUCACAUCGAAAAGAUUUCUGCAGGUGCUUUCCAAAAUCUGGAAAAUUUAACAUUACUUUUGUUACAAGGUAAUCAUCUGAAGACUAUUGAAGAGGGUGACUUAAAAGGUCUUGGAGUCCUCAACCUCCUGGAUCUUAGUCACAACCUCCUGGAGACUUUCCCCAAACAUCUGCCUCCAUCUGUCCAGCAGCUUUACCUCUUCAACAACUCUCUGACUGGCCUGAUGGGAAAUAGCCUUCAUGGUUUUAAUGGACUCCGUUAUCUACGGCUCGGACACAACAAAUUGAGGAAUGAAGGGCUUGACCCUGGUGCAUUUAACCUAACAUCUCUGGUAGAGCUGGAUCUUUCAUAUAAUCAGCUGACAGAAAUCCCAACAGUUCCCACCACCCUUCAGUACCUCUACCUUGAGGUUAACAAUAUCCAAGAGUUCACUGUAAGCAGUUUCUGCAGGAAAACAGGACCCACAUCUUAUUCACGUAUGAAGAUUCUGAGGCUGGACGGUAAUAAAUUGGAGUAUCACAAGCUGCCCCCUGAUUGGGUGUUCUGUCUACGUGUCCUCCAUAACAUUUAUAUUUGAUCUAAUAUAAGCUGUGUCUUAAGCAGUUCUAAAUUUUUAGGCUUUCUGAACACUUUAAAAUAGACGCAUGCAAUGAUAUACUAUAUUAUAACACAUAUGUAUAUUUAGAGUACAUCAUAGAAAGCAUGACAGCAGAAUAAACUGAUCAGUGUUCAAGGUGUUGAUGUUUUGAAUUCGAAGAAUGCUAUAAAUGGUCUUACUGUUACUGUUUUAAUACUGUUUUUAUAUGCAACAGUAUUUAUUAAUGCUGUUUUUACUCUGGAUGUACUGUAUAUGAGCAGUCAUAUUUAAUUUUUUAUGCAAGACAAGUCUUUCACCUUGUUCCAGUUUCGACUUCACAUGUUCUAAAUAUACACAGUAAUUAGAAUUAAUCCAACUGUUAAACGUGGAUACAGACUACU